AUGUGGGAUUCUUCAGACUAUUGCACUUCCACCUGCGAAGACUACCCGGAGGACAUUCCCUCUUACGGCGACAUUGGAGGGAUCGGGGUAAGCACAAAUUUACCUCACACCGUGGGAAUCACGGUCAGACAUAUUCAUGAGACUUACAGCGACGAGGUCACUCUAGCAUUCGUUCUUACAGCGUGGAUGGUAGUACUAGUUCUCAUCGUGUAUUAUCUCAAAGCCUUCGAUCCUAAACUGGACCCAUUUCGAAAAGAGGGCACGCAAAAACUCUCCAAGUAUCCGAACUCAGUCGACUACUUCGUUAACAACCUUCUUCAAAAAGUACCUGGUCUAGGAAACGACUCCUCAAAUCCAGUACCAUGCAGGUCCUUGAGGCUUGGGGGGAUAUUCAACAACUGCGUCCUGAUGCUUGCCGAUAUCCAAAGCUUCACAGCGCUCGCAAUCUUGAUUAGCGCAUAUGUAGCUAUGGGCUGCGAUAUAGUUGCCUAUCACUGGCAAUACAUGAUUUAUCUUGCAUGGAUGGCUUCCGUCACCCACCUCGCAAGCCUCUCAUUCCUCCGCAACCACCUUACCAAUAACUUCGUGAAAUGCAUCUGGCGCCUAACAGCUAUGGCUGUUAUUCAAAUCCUGUUGUCGGUGGCAGUUGGACUGGCAACGACGUUUGGCGACAAUCCUUGGUACAGGGAAGCUGAUCAGCUAAUAGGAAUAGAAGUUCCCCCAGCAGAGGGUGGUCGCCCUGCCAUCUGCUACUUCAAACAAGGUGUCGAUGUGAACUCAAUCACCUUUUCAUCGGGUGUUAAAAUGAUUCUUCUUCUUCUUUGGGGGUUUUCGAUACGCAUUGCCAAGAUGUUUGAGAGGUUUGAGGGGGGUCUGCGCAAGUUUGCAUAUCGUAUGCAUCACAAGUCAAGGAUUUUGCGAUACGGUGUUGAUGCCGGUUCUACCACCCAAAUAUGGGAUCCUAGAGCCCGAAGAAAAGGGCAAGGUUUCUUUGGUCAUCUGCUAGAACCUUUCAAGAUCGCUCUCCUCGUCGUACUCAGCAUUCAGCUCGAUUUCCUUACUUCCUUUCUCGCCGAGGUAUACUGGCUACUCUUCACCAUAAUCUACAUUACAACAAGACUGGUCAAGUUUCGAAUACCCUCUCCCGCGGAUGAUAAUAAGUGGACAUUUGGCCAGGUUCUUCCGCUGAUCCUUCUUGUUGCACCGAUUGCAAUAGCGAUCGAGUCUUUCUACACGGCACCUAAGACUCACACACCACAAAUGACUCAUACCAAUACUCAGCAGAUGAAUGGUCCCGGUAGUGGCCUUGACCCCGUCGCUGGCCUUGGCCAUGUCGACAGCCUAGCCUACCGAGGUGUUUUCUUUUUGGCAGCGCUAUCAUACAUCGAGGUCGGAAUCUACUUUGUCCUCGAUCAGCCAGACACAGAAGGACUUGCUUUGCCAUUGUUGCAGAUUGCAUUAUCAAUAUUACUGUUACAGCCCCUUUACCAGAUUUAUUGGGUCGUCUGCGACCGAUGCAAGUCUCUCUGA